UGUCUCCUUACAACUUAAAGUUACAGCAGAUAAGCGAGCAUCUUAUUUCAUAGACAUAUAUAUAGAAAAGGGUCAUCUUUCAGAUCCUUCUGUUUUGCACUGCUGAAUGCCUUUUCGGGCACCCAGAUUUACUCAUUCUCAAUUUACAUCACACACCAAACAAAACCAUAUAACAGAAAAUGAGGGGGGGCUUGUGGCAACUUGGGCAAUCAAUCACACGCCGUCUUGGCCACGGUGAUAAGAAGGCUGUUGCUAGUCGGUAUUUCACCUCAGAAGCUGAGCUGAAGAAGACAGUCCUUUAUGACUUCCAUGUUGCUAAUGGAGGGAAGAUGGUGCCAUUUGCUGGAUGGAGCAUGCCAAUCCAAUAUAAGGACUCCAUCAUGGACUCAACCCUGAACUGUAGGGAGAAUGGUAGCCUUUUUGAUGUUUCCCAUAUGUGUGGGUUAAGCCUCAAGGGAAAGGACUCUGUCCCAUUCCUUGAAAAGCUUGUCAUUGCUGAUGUUGCUGGACUUGCCCCUGGAACUGGUACAUUGACUGUCUUCACAAAUGAAAAAGGUGGGGCAAUUGAUGAUUCGGUGAUUACCAAGGUGAAGGAUGAUCACAUAUACUUGGUUGUGAAUGCUGGGUGUAGGGAUAAGGAUUUGGCUCAUAUUGAGGAGCAUAUGAAGGCAUUCAAAGCAAAAGGUGGUGAUGUGUCAUGGCACAUCCAUGAUGAAAGAUCUCUUCUUGCUUUGCAGGGUCCUCUUGCUGCUCAAGUUCUUCAACACCUGACAAAAGAGGAUUUAAGCAAGAUCUACUUUGGACAGUUCCGUGUGUUGGACAUCAAUGGUUCACAGUGCUUUCUUACGCGGACAGGGUACACUGGAGAAGAUGGAUUUGAGAUAUCAGUUCCCUCAGAAAAUGCAGUGGAUCUUACCAAGGCAAUUCUGGAAAAAUCAGAAGGGAAGAUAAGACUGACCGGAUUAGGUGCUCGAGAUAGUCUUCGACUUGAGGCUGGAUUAUGUUUAUAUGGCAAUGACAUGGAACAGCACAUUACACCAAUUGAGGCAGGACUUACAUGGGCCAUAGGGAAGAGAAGGAGAGCAGAAGGGGGCUUUCUAGGGGCUCAGAUUAUCCAAAAACAGCUUGAAGAAGGUCCUAAGAUCAGGCGUGUUGGUUUUUUCUCUUCUGGCCCUCCUCCUAGAAGCCACAGUGAGAUUCAAGAUGAAGGAGGGAACAACAUUGGGGAAGUCACCAGUGGUGGAUUCAGCCCUUGCCUGAAGAAGAACAUAGCCAUGGGAUAUGUGAAAUCAGGAUUGCACAAGGCUGGCACCAAAGUGAAGAUUAUUAUUAGAGGAAAAUCUAAUGAAGGAGUUGUUACAAAGAUGCCAUUUGUACCAACAAAAUACUAUAAGCCAUCCUGAUUUACUUUCAGAUUUCACCUUGAACCUUUCCAAUACUCCCCUUAACCAGAUUUCUUAUAAUCUGGACGUUUAGGGUUUUCAAUGCCUUUAGUCCUACUCACAUCAUGUACAAGGAGAAUGCCUUGCAUUAAUGACUCAAUUUUCAUAUUUAUGAUAGUUGAGUGUCAUCUUGAAAUUUUCUGAUAUUGUUCUCCGUUCCCACCAAAUUCUACACUUUAGUCAACAUGACAUCUAUGGAAUUCGAAGUGGGCAUGUUAUUCA